GACAAAGUGAUCUAUAUGAAAGCCCAUAUGUUAAUUAGGCAGGCCCAUUUUCACAUAUCAAAUUCAAUUGCUUUUCGGCUUUUGUCUAAUCUACAAAACAAAUUUGCCCUUUGAGACAUAUCAUCAAACAGGUGGCAGCCGGCAGCCGGCAGCGGCAGUGAGAAUAAUGCAAAACUUGCGGAAGGCUAUUUUGAGUCACAUUAAGAUUGGAGUCCCUGUGAAAGGGCAUUUGCGUGCAUUUAGCACGGCUGCUGAUAUCAACCAGGACCGAGUGAUGGGUCGAGUCAUUGAGUUGGUGAAGAAAUUUGACAAGAUUAAUGCUGCUAAGGUCACUGAAAAGGCCGAUUUCCAGAAGGACUUGAGCCUCGACAGCCUGGAUAGAGUAGAACUCGUGAUGGCUUUUGAGGAAGAAUUUUCUGUCGAGAUACCUGAUGCCGAAGCAGACAAGCUCAGAUGCUGUGCAGAUGUUGCUAAGUAUGUUAUUUCGAGUUCGAAUGGAAAAGUUUUCGAUUCUUCCUCUUAAUUCUGCUUGGUUCACAUUUUGCUAGUAGUUAGUUCCUCUGAAUUCAUCCAUUUUCCAGCCGAAAAAUCUUUCUUUGGUUAGUAUGAAAACGGCUUCUUUUAUGACGAAAAGUUUGAUCUUAGCUUCAUUACUUCCGUUUUAGCUUUAAAUCAUAUGUAGCUAGAUUUAUGGUCGUGUGACGAAAUCCAAAUGGUCUAUAUUCAGGGUUGGUUAAGUGAUUGGGGGCACAUGUUUAGUUUAUAUUUUUUUUGAGUUAAAAAUGAUUGGUUUUUAUGGUUAGUUUAUAUUACAAUGCAGACCUCAAGUGAAUUUUUUCUUGUAAUUUCAAAAGAUAAUUGGGGAUUCUUUCUAACCUUUAUUUCAUCAACAAAAAACAUAUACAGCUGAAAAAUCAUAAACUACAUCUCUCUCUCUCUCAGCGUGACUAGAAGCGCCAACCGCCCGAUAUCCGAGUUACCUAUGAAAACGUGCCAUUUGUCUUAUCACAAAAAAGCAAAUGCUGCAUGUUUUGUCUUCUUUCUCUCCUUCAUGUGCUCGUCUAAAGAUUUUGGCGCCAAACAAAUGUCGCCAGUGGUGUAAACACGAACACCUUCGGCUGCUGACACGAGUUUGAUCGUUUCGAGUUUUCUCGUAAGGGCACGCCAGCAUGGCGAGCUCCUCGGGAUUCGAAAAACACUAACCGAACAUUUUUUUUCUAAAUCGGGAGUUGCAUGAAGAUUGGAGGGAAGGUCUAUAAGGAAUUCCCCUUGAACAUCUGUGCUGCCUUUUGCCCAUGAUUUGUUUGUUCUCUCACUUGUGCUGCAUAAAACACACACUUUUGCACCUGCAUAUAAUCACUCAUAAUUUUUUAUUUUCUUUUGUAUUUUUUUUUAUUUNAAAAAAAAAAAACUUAAUUAUAGGGUUUUAUUCGAGUCGUGCGGAGUAGCUCGUGUUGUAGGUCGUACUCGUUUAAUAAGUGAACGAGUUCUGCUCGACUUGUUUAAUUAAUAGACCUAAAUAUUUUAACGAGCUAUUUGCGAAAAAGUUUAGUUCUUCACGAACAAGCUUGGCUUGAAUCGUUUAACAAACGAGCUUCAUGAGUUGUUUGGGCUCGGCAUGUUUAAGUAACCAAACGGGCCAAGGUCGAGCCUAAUGGAGCUUUGUCCGCGAAUAGUUCAGGUUCGAAUAAUAGCUCUACUUAAAAUAGAUCCAUUAUAUAAAAAUGAGAACACCAGCUAAAAUAUAUUAUAACAAAUUUAUGUAAAAUUCAAAAUUGUAUAGUUAUAAUAAGAAAAGGGAAAAAAAAAAGGAAAAUUGUGAUGAAAGGAAAUACUGAAAUAGUCAGAUCACCAGCAAACUCUGUUGACAGGUGAACUGAUUAAUUUGUUUCCUUAAGCUAAAGCUCAUGCUGACUUUUAUUACAUGACAUUUAUCAUUGGUUUUUUUUUUUCAAUUUUUUUUUU